UUCUGGUAAGUAAGAAGUGCUGGAAGAAAGUUCCGCGAAAGUGGUGAUAUUGUUAUAAAAAUGGAGCCCUUGUUUCAAAUAAACAUUGAAAACCUUGAUGUCAUAUUCGUGGACAUGAAGAAGAGGUUAAUGAUGAACGACGAGGACGUUCAGAUAGCGUGCGUCGAGCGAAUAACUAACCUAUUCAAAGGUGCUGCCAGCAGUGAGGCGGUUCUUUCCAAACUUAUUAAGUUCGAUGUACUGUCGGCCAUAUUGGAAAUUCUCCAUACACUUAGUAAUCGUCUUCUUCCAAUUAUUCUCGAUUUUCUGGACAUGGUAAUCGUACAUCAAAAGUUUUACGAGUGCCACGUAGCAAUGGAUGCUGUGAACUCGAUCUUAAAAGUUACCAUUUGCGUUAUCAAGUCUCGGUGCAAAGAAAAUCAGCUUCUGGAGAAACUAGUUUUCGUUAUUCACGAUAUAUUGAACAGAGCGGUGGAAUUGAACGUGGACUUUGAGACGGUUUGCGUGCCGCGGCAAGUUCUUUGCCUCCUGAGAUCUUUGAUCUCGGAGGACUCGCCGGAUCCGAAGUUGAAAUUUCCCGCAGUCGCGUUGCUCAAUAUCGUUCUUGAACACGCGGACGUAGAAGAGGAAUGGGAGGACGUCGCGUUCGAACUCUGCCACAAAGCUCUCGACUUAAUGAAAGAGACCGUUGACUACAGUGACGACGAAGCCUCGAUCCCGCCGGCCGCGGCUGCGUUGUGCGCUGUUUGCGCUUCCGGUGCUCGGCUCUGUACGGUAAUAAACUCUCGCGCGGAUACGUUCGGGAAAAUUCAACAGCGGGAAGCAGCACUGACGAAAUCUGUCUACUCGGCGACGAUGAACACGCUGAUACCUUACCUGAAAAACGAGGAGCCGAACGAAACGGACGGGAUGAAAUUCCGUAGGAACCUUGUCGCUGCUUUGAACAGCCUUUACAAGCUGCCCGAGUGCAGCCACGACAACUUGUCGAACCACUUGACCGCCAACGGAUAUCUGAAACGAUUCUUGCUUUCGACCACCAGACUCCCAGAAAACCUCCGUCGCAGUACUUGCGUGCUAUUGUCGCGGGCCGUAACAACCCUCGCGGCUAAAUCAAUGGCGAUUGGCCAGUGGCCCGACGGCGCGGCUGCCUUCGAGAAUUUAAUGCGGCGCGGCUUGCUCGACUUGCCAAAGGACCAGCGGCAGUGGAACGACGUUCUGGCUCGUCACGAAAACAGCGCGACCGCCUUGAUGACGCUAAUUUAUUACCACUACCACGGGACCAGGGAACACGACAUGAUAUGCUUGAGAUCGCUCGUCAUCAGGACCAUGAAUCUUCCGACGUCUCAACGGACGUCCGCGCAGGCCCUCAAAGUUCUGUGGUUCCUGUUCGCCGUCGGAUCUGUCUCUCACCCGUGUCCGAACUCGGAACAAGAUUACAGCAACGCUGUGAAACGAUUGGCAGCGAUCUUGCGACACUCGAGAUUGAACGAGUGUUACACUCAUCACAUCGAUCUGCUUCGAUUCUGCUUGACGUGCUCCGACGUGCCUAAGGACUUGAGGAACAAGGCGUUGGACCUUUGGCUGGUGGAGGCUGACGGGGACAUCAAGCCUUUGAUGACGCUGGAUUGCGGCCGAGUCGUUAAACAUUACUUAUUGCUUGUCAUACAGACUGGUUACUCCGAGAAGAUCAUCAAGCUGGCGAUGAAGGGGAUCCGGGAGAUGAUACGCGACGAUAAUGCCAGGGAGAUCGGCGAAAUAGUUUGGCACAUGCUGCCCGAUCUCCUUUCUUCCUCCGCACCUGACAAAGACGAGCAGAUCAAGGCGAUCCUGGAGCUGGCGAACAUUUUCAUUCCCGAUUCCCUGUCCUCGAGCAUAAAGAGUCGCUGUGCGGACUGCCUCGCGACCAUCAUACUGAAGAGGAGCUCCGACUUGGGACUGAGGACGCAGGCAAUAAUGCAGUCGUACGUCUUGCUGGUCACGUCCGCGACGUCCAAGCCAUUUACAAUUCUGGAGAAGUACAUCAAGGCGCCGAAUUUCUUAGAGGAGCUGAUCGCGCGUGGAUUUUCAGAGGAGACGCCGGAAUUGUCCGCCGUUUGCCUGAAGCUGCUCGCGUUCAUCGUCCACUGUCACGGUAGAUCGACGUUCCAGCGCGAUAAGCCGUUGGCGAUUGACGUGCAGAGCUUAGCCGAUUUGCUGUUAAAUACGAGAAAAUCUGUCCACUUCGCGAUCAAUGGGAUGCAACUAGCGCUGGAACUUUUCACUCAAAAUAUUGACGGGUCGCCUGUCAGGCUGGACGGAGUCGAGCGUGGCGCGGUCAAUCUGUACGAGACGAUGUGGAUUGUUCACGGGAUAAGCGACCCAGUCCAGAGUGACGUCGUCUACCAAUGUCUCGAGGGUAUCCUCAGGUUCUGCCACGAACACGCGGAGGCCCUGAUGUACCACUUGUGCACCCUGAUGAGCAACUACGACCUAGUCACGUCUACCUUCGCGUCUCCUCGCGUGUCCUGUAAUUUUCUGAACUUCGUCUCGACCUGGCUGCGAUAUCGGAGAAGAUACUGCGAUGAUGAAGGACCCUGGACCGAGAAAUCCCUUUGCAAAACAUUGUUCGAAGAGACUUGCGACUGCAUUUUCAAGUACGUGAACGCUGCAAAGGACGACAAGGCAGAUACCGCGUUGCACAGUCUUCGUUACGCGGUGAGUGCUUCAAACAACGUAAUAUAA